UCCAUUAUUUCACUUCAACGCUUAUUUAUCUCUCUCAGUUCUCAACCAAAAUUUAGUGUCUUUGGUUUUGUUAGCUUUCGUCUACCUCUUCUAGAGUCCAUAGAGUCGAAAAAUAAAGGCGAUCACAGAGAUCAAACCAAAAUAUGAGUCCAAAUUUUGAUUGCAUGGAUCUAGAGGCAUUAACAUCGAACGCGAAGCAAAUACAAGACGAUGUAUUGAAGCAGAUACUCACACUUAAUGCCAACACUGAAUAUCUCCAACGUUACCUCCAUGGAAGUUCUGAUAAAGAGCUUUUCAAAAAGAACGUGCCAGUAAUUACCUACGAAGAUGUUAGGCCUUAUAUCGAACGUGUUGCCAACGGAGAACCUUCAAAUAUCAUUUCAGGCAACUCCAUCACUGGAUUUUUUCUAAGUUCCGGAACAUCAGGAGGGAAACAUAAGACAUUCCCUAUGAACAGCAUCUUCUUUGAGAACCUAUUGCUAUACAAAGCGCUUUCGUCCCCCUUUGUAUCGAAGUAUAUGGAUGGGGCCAAGAAAGAAAAGGAGAUGAUGUUUGGUUUCACUAGACCAUUAUCCAAAACUCCUUCUGGUCUGCCAGUUUCUGGAGGGGUUUCGAGUUUUUUACAGAGCGAUUAUUUCAAGAACCAACCAUCAGAGCUGUAUUCAAGCCCCAUUGAUGUUACAUUAUGCCCAGACAACAGACAGAGUAUGUAUUGUCAUCUUCUCUGUGGACUCGUCCAGAGAAACGAAAUAACAAGUAUGAGUGCUUACUUUGUUUCUAUCUUGGUUCGUGCGAUUAAUUUUCUUGAAACUCACUGGAGAGAGCUGUGUAGUAAUAUACGAUAUGGUCAUGUUAGCGAGUGGAUUACAGACCAAAAAUGCAGGAACUCUGUGACUAUCAUCCUUGGAGGGCCUAAUCCUGAAUUAGCAAAUUUUAUUGAGUACGAAUGCAACCAAAAAUCAUGGGAAGGUAUAAUCCGCCGGCUUUGGCCCAAAGUCAAAUAUAUCGAUUGCGUUGUUACAGGAUCGAUGACUCAGUGCGAUUGUCUACCCAAUAUUUCUUAUUUUGAGUUCAAACAGAUUGACGAGGAAAACAAGGAUGACAUUGUUGAUCUAGUGAACGUUAAGCUUGGUUGCUACUAUGAGCUACUAGUCACAAAUUAUUUUGGUUUACACAGGUAUAACAUUGGAGAUAUUUUACAAGUGACUGGGUUCUAUAAUAGCACACCUCAAUUUCGAUUCAUACGUAGAAAAGAAACGGUUCUAAGCAUUCAGACUGAGAUAACAACUGAGGAACAUAUUUUAAAGGCGUUGUAUCAUGCGACGCUCGUUCUUGAAUCUUCAAAUUUGAUGUUGAUGGGUAACACAUGCUGUGAAGAUAUUUCUACGAAUCCAGGUCACUAUGUUUUUUACUGGGAACUCAACAACAAAAACAUCGAUGGUGUUGAACUUGAUAACAAAGUAUUGGUGAAAUGUUGUUGUGUGAUGGAGGAAUCAUUAAGUCCUCUUUAUAAAACAUUUAGGAGUAAAGAUGGAUCAAUCGGAGCUCUAGAGAUAAGAGUGGUGCAACAAGGAACGUUCGAUUCCCUCAUGGACUUUUUCGUUUCAAAAGGUUCGUCGAUAUCACAAUACAAGACUCCUUUAUGCAUAAAAUCUUCUGAGGCUUUAACUGUUUUUGAAGACAAGGUUCUUGGUCGUUUCUUUAGCGAUAAAUGCCCUCCUCUUUGAUCAUAUCAUAUAUGAUCUGUUUGGAAGAUGAUGAUGCUAUCUUAUGUGCGCGUCUAAAAAGUGUGGUUGAUGUAUUUAUUAUCUUACUGUAUAAACAAAAGUGUGGUUGAUGAUGCAUUUGUCUUAAUUAUAGAUGUGGUUCUGUGUGUACUAUGUAUGUGUGUAUAUGAUUUAGUGAAGAAACUAUCUUCAACUAUAUAAAUUCAUUUUAUGAUUAAAUAAAGUGAAUUUAAGUUUUU